GCGCAGCACUGACCCCAUGUGUCUGCUCCAACCGAACUGUUUACUUGAUUGGAAUUGCCAUUUAGCAAUAUUUAACGAAAAUGCCACCGAAAAAAGAUGCAAAGGGCGGAAAGGAUGCGGGGAAAGGUGGCAAAAAGCCAGCCGCCGAGGACAAGUCUGCCGGUAAGGAGAAAAAAGGAGGCAACGCCGUAAAGGUUCGUCACAUCCUGUGUGAAAAGCAGGGCAAGAUCACCGAGGCGAUGGAGAAGCUGAAGGCGGGCCAAAAGUUUCCCGAGGUAGCGGCAGCAUACAGCGAGGACAAGGCGCGACAAGGCGGCGAUCUCGGAUGGCAGAUCCGCGGAUCGAUGGUGGGUCCCUUCCAGGACGCCGCCUUUGCAUUGCCCAUCUCCACCGUCAAUAAUCCCGUGUACACAGAUCCCCCGAUCAAGACCAAGUUUGGCUACCACAUCAUCAUGGUGGAGGGAAAGAAAUGAGAGCUGAUUUUAUAAAUCGAAUUUUAAUGUGA